AAAAAACAAAAAAAAUUAAAAUAAAAAAACAUUCCCUAUAUCCCAUCCGUUAAAUUUGGCGGCAGCAAAACCGCAACUUCUCACACUUUCGCGCAAAAAUCAAGAUUUUCUCGAAUCUCUUCUCCCUUAGAGAAAACCUUCAUUUGACUACUGCAUUUUCCUUUUCCGUAUUUUUCUCCCAAGAUUCUUGCAGAAAAAAAAAUUAAAUAGAAAAAAUGGAAUCUGAAACUGCAUCUCCGAAUCUUUUCUGUGAAGAAGAUGCAUCAACUUUGAACGAACACAGCGAAGAAAAAGAUGAAGAUUUGCAGUACUGUUCAGUUUCCGAUGCAGACAACGUGUUUGUCGAAAUGCCUCUUCAACGAAAAAUCGCGUUUCGAUGGAAUCAAAGAAGGUGGCUUAAAGUCGCCCGUUCCGACGCCAUCAAAUGGAUUAUAGAUACAAAGGCCAUCUUCAGAUAUCAAUACCGUACUGCUUACCUCUCGUUGAUUUAUAUCGAUCGGUUUCUAGCACGAAGAUGGAUUUCUGAAGGGCAAUUGUGGAAUAUUAAAUUAUUAUCGGUGGCUUGUUUAUCUCUGGCUGCAAAAAUGGAGGAAAUUCGAGCAAUGCCGGUAACACGAUAUCAUGUAGAGGGAUAUAAUUUUCAAGGAAAUACGAUUCAGAAAAUGGAAUUAAUGGUCCUAAAUACAUUGGAAUGGAAAAUGAAUUCCGUCACCCCGUUCGCUUAUCUCAACUACUUCGUCACUAAAUUCUGCGACGAAGAAACUAGGCGUCGAGAACUCGUGAUCGAAGCUGCUGAGGUUAUUUUCACCAUAAUCGGAGAGAUAAAUCUAGUGGAACAUCAAUCAUCUACUAUUGCAGCAGCAUCGGUUUUAGCAGCUUAUAAUUUUCAAUUAACGAAAACGGAAUUGGAUUCUAAGAUCGAUUUAGUUCCAUCUUUGGAGAAAGAGCAUACUUCUUCGUUUUAUCGUUUACUUCAAGAAAUGUUGACGCUGAAAACCCCAGAAUCUGCGGCUAUUCCUCCCAAUUCGUCGCAAAUCGAUGAGUCGACAAAUGCAUCGAGAGUUGGUACCAAAAGAAGACUCGAUUUUGACGAUGGUGAUCAAGACAGUCCCUCGUAGAAUAUAUAUCAGAAUAUUAAUCUGCGUAAAAUUGGAUUCUUUUUGCUAUAACUUUCUAGAGUUAAAUACCAACAUACGGUAUGAUUCUUUUAGCCUUUACGACAAAACGACGAAUUUGCGUAUAAUCAAGAAACCCGAAAAAAAAAAGAAAUAAAUCUUUAGCUUACAAGUGAUGAAUAAUUAAGUUGACUAAAGUACAAUAGCCAGUUGGAUGUGGGAUUGCCAAUUUUUAUUUUUUAGUAGUGUUUGGUUGGUUUUUAUUUAUUUAUU